UUGGAUUCUUGAAUUAACAGGUUUGUUUGUAUAUCUUCCAGGUAAUAUUCAAAUUUCAAGAGCUUUACUCCAUUCUUAUUUUCUCCAUCAUAUAGCUUCUUCUUUCCUCCAAUUUUUCUUUCAAUUGCUAAGCAAAAAUCCCAUUCUCUCUCACUCUAACAUGAAAUCAAAAGCGCCCACUGAAACCAAACUCUCACUUUGGGCUACUAAUGUGAGUUCUUUCUUUAAUCUGCCCAACCCAAGAAUCCUUACCCUCUUCAUCAUCAGUAACAUUGCCACCUUCUCCUUGGGCACUGCCCUGCUAGUUCAAUGGAUCUUACAUGGUCAGUACCACCCUGAAUACGACUGGAUCGUCUACUAUGCACCAUUGAUGAUGGCAUUCGUAGUUUUCGUGUUGAUGAUCUGCUUCAUCUCUGCCAAUUUCUUGAACAAAAAGGAACAAAAUGUUCAUUCAUUAAGUUUGUGCUUUGAGGAGAAUGUUCAGAGUACUUCCCCACUAGUCCAAGAAGUUGAAAAUGAGCUAGCUCUUUCUGUGGUGCCUAGUGAUCAUGCUCAUGGUAAUCAACCCAUCAACUUGGCUGCUGUAGAACCUACUUGUACAAGGUUAAUGCUGAUUGCUCCUCAAGGAUCGAAUGUCAUCAAUAAAAAUUCGAACUUGAAACGAACAUUUUCUCUUAGAUUGCCUAUCAAUUAUAUUGAUUAUGGCAUGAUUAAGCGUUCAUUUAGUUGCAGAUUAUGAUAUUGAUUUCAUGGUUCUAGUUUGCAGGUGAAUUCCAAUAUUGUAUCUUUUAUCCUCUUAAAAGAAUUCCAAUAUUGGAAGUAAUUGGGUAGAGAAAUUAUUGGAGAGAAGUGCAUUUGUACAUUGAAAAUCAAUGUGAAUGUUCCUUGUAGACAUUAAUCAGACAGACAUUAUUGAUGACAUUUUCCAAUCCCAAUAGCUUAAA